AAAAUUUAAUUUUAUUAAAUGGCUUAUUGAUGAGAUUGCUUGAUUGAUUGAUAAGAUAAGACCCUUAUUGCACAUUAUUCUUUGAAGAUUGUCAUAUAAGCUACGGGUGUUCACUCGAUUAAAUGCGAAGCUCAAAGCCUUUUCUCCAGCAACGUGUCAACAAAAAGAUGUCGCAAGGGACCGACGACGCGACCAGCCCGACGGCCCACAAGUCGGCGAGGACGCAGUUCAAGCGCACCGACGACCCGUGCGCCAACCUGAGACGCUUCGUCGAACACGCCGGCCUCGGCCAGGUCGACGUCUCCUUCAAGAAGUUGACGAAGCAGUUUUUCUCCUGCAAAAUACAGGUCGGAACGUCCUCCUACCACUCCUAUCCGAGCGAGUUCAGGUCGCAGGCGGAGGCCGCACGUUUCUGCGCCGACAAGGCCCUCGCCGACCUCAUACCGAAACACUUGGGACAACGUUCCAGCCGAGUCGAGUCCAGCCACGAGGACCUGCUGGAACGGGUGAGGUCCAUGGUGGAGGAACACCAGCACGGCGUAUGGGCGUGGCAACUGGAGCUGGACUACUCCGACAUGUACGGCGAAGUGUUGCCGAGCGAUUGGCUCGAGGUCGUCGAUGGUAGCCCGAGCAUCCAGCUGGAGAAGUACGGCGACAAAUACAUACUCAGGCACUGCAAGCCAGGAGACAAUCCACACGAUUCCGAUGGUGUAAUUUCAAGUCAACUUACGAAUGUAGAAGACGAGGCAACUUCUGGUGGUUCAAAUAGUUCUGAAACACCAACAACAACUGGUGUUGGACCGAAUGUAGAAGACGAGGCAACUUCCGGCGGUUCAAAUAGUUCUGAAACACCAAAGACAAGUGGUGUUGGACCGAAUGUAGAAGACGAGGCAACUUCCGGUGGUUCAAAUAGUUCUGAAACACCAAAGACAAGUGGUGUUGGACCGAAUGUAGAAGACGAGGCAAUUUCCGGUGGUUCAAAUAGUUCUGAAACACCAACAACAACUGGUGUUGGACCGAAUGAAGAAGGCGAGGCAACUUCCGGUGGUUCAAAUAGUUCUGAAACACCAAAGACAAGUGGUGUUGGACCGAAUGUAGAAGACGAAGCAACUUCCGGUGGUUCAAAUAGUUCUGAAACACCAAAGACAAGUGGUGUUGGACCGAAUGUAGAAGAAGAGACAACUUCCGGUGGUCAAAUAGUUCUGAAACACCAACAAUGAUCGAAUGACUAAAUUACCUAAUGACUAA